AAACAGCUGUUAGGAACAGAGAUGGUAGACUGCAACUGUUUUGCUGUUUGAAUCAAUAAAUAAUGUUUAAGAUUGAUAAUGCUGCUCAAGAUACGCCACGCUCUUCUGGAGGUCACCAGUCCACCGGCCACGAAGCAGUCCGCGAUCAUAAUCAACAAUGAGGUAAUCAUUAGUUCGGGCAGCAUUUUGCAGCCUCAUUUACUCUUCGACGGGGACAAAGGCGAGGAGAACAAAGGAGUCGUGGCCAGACUGCAGCAGGGCCAGCUGCUCGACGUACAGGCGGAUGAAGGAUGUCGCAUUCGAUCACUUAACUUUGUGGUGACCUUUGAUCCGCACCAAAGACAUACGCGCCCGCGCCAGAAUGCCGCUUCCGGAUCGAGGCAGGGCCAUAUCCUUACCCGCUACUUGGCCCAUCCGUUGUACGUGUUUAGCGCCGCAGAGGUGUCCCGCAACCUGCACCACAUUCUGCUGACCGCAGACGCCACAAACCAGAGUGAGGUAUUGCGCUCCAGUUUUGUUGUCCUCAGCAUGCGACCGCCCGCUAAGGAGGAGUCCUUCAAGCGUUUCCUAGCACACAUCAGCAACUAUUUGCGCCACCUGCAGCCGAUGCAGACGUUGGACGACGUGCUGGUCAUGUGCUCGCCCUUUGGUCUGGAGAACUUCUACAAGACGAUCAGUAUUGGCAAGGUGUCAAAUGUAAUGGGACGCAGUGGCUGCCUGUUUGCCAUUUCCAAUGCCUUGCCACUAGGCUGUGAGGGAUCUGCCGUGUUCAAUAACAAACUACGGCUGAUUGGCAUUGUGAUAUGCACCUCAUUCCAGCGGCAGCAGGAGAAUGUCAAUCUCACAUUGGCCGCCAACUUUGGCUACCUGCUACGCAAUUUUAUGGAGCAGCUGGGCAUGCCUAGCACUACAUUCCAGCUAACGCGGGAGCCCUCAAACUUUCCAUGGGAGCGCACAAUUGUGGUGAUUGAGUCGGCUGGCCAGCAGGGCACAGGCACCUUUAUCCGUGUCCACAACAAGCACUUUAUUCUCACCUGUGCCCAUGUGGUGGGUCAGGGUAACGAGAAAGUUAACUGCCGCGCUGCCGAUCGAGAGUUCCAGUCGGACGUUAUUUGGUGCAAUCCGGAUAGCGAACGGCCCUUCGACUUGGCCCUGCUCACAGCUCCACAGGAUGUGCCGGAGCGGUGCUGUGUGCGCUUGGCCAAGGGUCCUGCCACUCUUGGCCAGACAGUAUAUAACGCUGGAUUUCCCUAUUACGUGAACUUUGGCUUUAAAUAUGACUUUAAUCCGGCUAUAUUCCAAGGACGGAUCAUCAAGUGUGACACGGGGGCCAUCAUGUCCGAUGGUAGCGUGCAGGCGGGUCAAAGUGGCGGCCCCAUGUUUGACCAGAAUGGUUGCAUCCUCGGUGUAUGCGUGUCCAACAUCAAGAUGGAUGAUAUCAUCUAUCCGAACAUCAACACGGCCAUUCCCAUUUGUGAUAUACGCAACACGCUGCAGCAGUUUGCGCGCUCCAACGAUGUGAAGGUGCUCAGCAAUCUGGUGGCCAGCCGUGAUGUGGGCCGCGUUUGGUCGCUGGAAAUGCCGCCCAUUCGAAGCAAACUCUGAGGAAACUUGAGAAACUAUCCACUGUUAUUGUAAUUAUAAUGUGCUAUUUUUUAUAUAAUGUGCAAUCAGCUCAAGGGCUAAUGGUUAAGCUUAAACAAUAAACCGUAUACUAUAAAGAAAGUUAA